GGCCGCGGCGGGGAGAGCGGUGGCAGCGGCGGCGGUGGUGGCCAGCGCUGGAAGAUGGCGGCAUCGGCGGCGGCGGCGGCAGCGGCGGCGGCUGCUGCGGCGGUGGCGGCAGCCGAGCAGCAAAGUUCCAAUGGUCCUGUAAAGAAGUCCAUGCGUGAGAAGGCUGUUGAAAGAAGGAAUGUCAAUAAAGAGCACAACAGUAACUUUAAAGCCGGGUAUAUUCCAAUUGAUGAGGAUCGCCUGCAUAAAACGGGACUGAGAGGGAGAAAGGGCAAUUUAGCCAUCUGUGUGAUUAUCCUCCUGUUUAUUCUGGCUGUCAUCAAUUUAAUUGUAACACUUGUUAUCUGGGCUGUGAUUCGCAUUGGACCAAAUGGCUGUGACAGCAUGGAGUUUCAUGAAAGUGGCCUGCUUCGAUUUAAGCAAGUGUCUGACAUGGGAGUUAUACACCCUCUUUAUAAGAGCACAGUAGGAGGAAGGCGAAAUGAAAAUUUAGUCAUCACUGGCAACAACCAACCUAUUGUUUUUCAGCAAGGGACGACAAAGCUCAGUGUAGAAAAGAACAAAACUUCUAUCAUAAGUGACAUUGGUGUGCAGUUUUUCGACCCAAGGACUCAAAAUAUCUUAUUCAGCACAGACUAUGAAACUCAUGAGUUUCGUUUGCCAAGUGGAGUGAAAAGUUUGAAUGUUCAAAAAGCAUCUACUGAAAGGAUUACCAGCAAUGCUACUAGUGAUUUAAAUAUAAAAGUUGAUGGGCGUGCUAUUGUGCGUGGAAAUGAAGGAGUAUUCAUUAUGGGCAAAACCAUUGAAUUUCGCAUGGGUGGUAAUAUGGAGUUAAAGGCUGAAAACAGCAUCAUCCUGAAUGGAACUGUGGUGGUCAGCACAACUCGCCUCCCUAGUUCCUCCAGCGGAGACCAGUUUGGUGGUGGUGACUGGGUGCGCUACAAGCUCUGUAUGUGCGCUGACGGAACCCUCUUCAAAGUACAGGUGACGGGCCAGAACAUGGGCUGCCAGACCUCAGACAACCCCUGUGGAGACACUCACUAGAAGAACCCGAGAGGGCGUCAGUAGGUUCAGAUCGUGACUUGACUUUUUUUUUUUCAGAGUAGGCAUGCAAAUCAUGUUUUUACAGAGUUUGUGAUAACUCGUAAUUAUUUUAUCUGCAGAGCACUGCUGUAUCUAUUAUAUAGUCUCCAUGUUUAAAAUAGUCUCAGAGAGCCUAAAUUCUAAUACAUUUCAUUAAGUUGCACUGAUCUUCAAUUUACAGUUCUCUAAAACAAUUAAGAGAAGUGAAUACAAUCAAUAUUAAUCUUUAAAGAAGUGUUUUUAAAAUGCCACUUUUCCUUGUCUAAAGGCUAAAGGUCUGAAGCAACUGUUUAGACUCACUGUAAGUAAGCUUUUGGUAACUAAUGGGGAUAGACCCACUUAAGACGUUUAAAGGUACACCAUCAGUAAAUGUUACAUGCUCUGUCUUUUGGCUUCUAAGAGGAAAGACAGAUUUUUUUUUUUUUUUCUUUGCGGUACGCGGGCCUCUCACCGAUGCGGCCUCUCCCGCUGCGGAGCACAGGCUCUGGACACGCAGACUCAGCGGCCAUGGCUCACGGGCCCAGCCGCUCCGCGGCACGUGGGAUCCUUCCGGACCGGGCAGGAACCCACAUCCCCUGCAUCAGCAGGCGGACUCUCAACCACUGCGCCACCAGGGAAGCCUGGAAAGACAGAUUUUUAGUGCAUUGACUUUCAGCCGUAUUCUCACAUGCAAGUGAGGUCGUUAAAGAACUUCGCAUAUGGGAGUUAGUAAGAAACUAUGGUUCCUUAGUUUUGCACUAGGAAGAAAAUACUCUAAUAGAAUGUAUACUCAUUAAAUAUUGGUAAAUAUUGUGCUCGCAGUGUGGUAGAAAUUAAAGCACCAUCUCAGCUUUAACUGUUAAAUGAUGAUAGCUGUCAUGUAUCGAGCAUCUUACAGUGCUAGGCAUUGUCCUAGGCAUUGCACAUGGAAUGUCUCUAAUUCACACCACAACUCUAUAAGCAGGUGUUGUUAUCCCAGUUUACCCAUUAGGAAACUGAGGUUCAGAGAAGUUAAGAAACUUGCCUAAUGUUACAGAGGAAAUAGCAGAGUUGGGAUUGGAAUUCAGGUCUGACUCAAACCUAGGUGAACCUGUUUCUAAAUACUGCAUUCUUUUCACUAUCUGCGCUGGAGUUUUAAUUAUUUAAAACUCUGCAAAGAUGAACAAAGACUAAUUCAGACUUACCUAGGCAGAUAAGAAACAAAAAAACAGGUAUGCUUACUCUAAUUAAAAGGAAAUAAAUCAAUCUCAGUCAAAAAACUGACCAAUCACUGUCAGAUUUUAAAUUUUCUUAAGCCAAUUCUAAAAUAUAUUAUAGAGAGAUCAAAUUGGCCUAGUUGUGGGUUACCCCCAUUUCCCAACUGGGGUACCUGAAUGGGUAAAACGGUUGCCAAGAUAUGUAUACCCUCAGCCCUCGGGGCAGCACAGUGGGACAUGGGGAGGCCAUGCCCCAGACGAGUCCUGCUGGCCCAGAAUGGCUGGUGGAUUUACCCCAGCAAGCCAGACAAAUAUUACCCUUUUUAAUAUGUGCCGUAGCUUGAAAAAAGUCAGGAAGCACUGGACUAAAGGGUACUAAUGCAGGAGAUAAUAUAAGUAAUUUUCACGUAAGUAUGAGAUUGACCUCUGCUCCUAACAUCACCACCCGUUAUAAUGUUUUACAACCCUCAAGCCAGUUGAUUUUUAAGGUGUUUUAUAUUUGACCUGAAAGGAACUCGCUGGUAUUAUUAAGAUACACACGACAUCAGGAAGAGAGACCUCAAAGUAGUGUGCUGUAAAAUAGGCAGAAGAGAUAACCCCAUUCUGCAUUCAAGUAUAACAUUCUGUCCUUGCCAGUUUGAAUGAUAUAGAUAGGAAAAUCGAUACAAAAAAAAUUUGCAUUCAAUAUUGUCAAAGUUCUCUCUGAUAGAAAAACCAAAUACUUUAGAGAUUAUGAGUAGUCAUUAAAGUAUACUAAAGUAGAGAUUGACUUACUACCUACUACUGAGUGAAGUUAUUUUUUAAGUGAAGAAAAAAAGAGAGUGAAAUUUAUGACCUUUGGGUGUUAUUUGUUGUAGUGAUAUUCAGCGCCCAUAUGAAUAUAUUCAGUAUCAUUUAAUAUCUGAAUAAUGUUCAGAAAAAAUCCAUUGGAAUAUUCGUUCAGAUGCUCAGUGUAUUUGUAAAUUUUACAUUCAUUACUUGUCUGCUCUAUUUAGAUUUGUUUUGAAAGUUUGUUUAGAUAAAUAUUUUUUACAAAAACCACAGAACACUAUGUUACAAAGUAUUAUUUAUUGAAUGUAAUUCAUGAAAUAAUCUAUUUUUACUCCUCUUUGAGAAAUACUUGUUUUUGAUACAUCUCCAUUAAGUGCUUUGGACAUGAGAGAAUAUUUUGAUGUUUUUACAGAACUGAUUGUUAAGGUAACAGGUAUAGUAAUUUAGGACACUUCACAGGUAGCGUUUGCUUUUUCAUUGAAAUGUAGACCUGGGAAAUUCCCUGGGAAGCAGAACAAGAACAAACUGUCCAUUUUACCUGUGACCUGUUUAGCAUAACAGUAAAGCCUCAGCUACUCAUUCUCACCAUCAGAUGCUAUUUUUCUAUAAACUGAAUUGUUAACCUUGCCUCUUCUGCUGUCAUUCCUCCCCUCCAUCAAGCGCUGAUAUGACAAGCAACAGACUUGGGGGAGGUAGAGGACAAAGACAGGAUCCCCGGAGAUGGGGCAGACACAUGCUUGUUUAAAUAACUACAGUCCUUCAGAGGUGGAUUAUAAUGACAUGGGGAACAAAUGAAAUGAAAGCAAGGUAUCUUAGGGGCUCUCUAAUGGGCAGGUAGGAAGAAUGCAAAAACUAUACACAGUAGGGACUGUAUGUGUGCUCUGUAAUAUUUAAAAAUAUACUUAUUUGUAUCCUUUUUGCAUUGAAAAAACAAAUUGUGUGUGAUAGUUUUGAAUGAAAAGUGGAAGUUCUACGUGAUAGUUUUGAAUGAAAAGUGGAAGUUCUACCUAGUUUUGGAGUGAGUUUUUUUUAAAGAUCAUGAGAAUGUUACGGUGCUAAACUUGACAAAAAAAAAAAGAGAA